CAACGUGAAACAGGGUACGUCUGACUUUACAGAAGACCUUCACAUUUUUGCAACAAAUUCUGACGUGCAUACCCAUAACUUUAACAUGCUGCACAAGAUUUGCACAGACAUUGUUCAAAUUAAAGCACAGGACUUCAAAAAAAAUCAGCAAACAGGUACUUGUAUUAGAUUAUCUCAAACACAAGCUACUCAUGAAAACACAUAUUUGGAAAAACUAUUAAGUGUUGGGACAAAAGCUAGAGUGAUGCUGAUCAAAAACUUGGACAUUUCAGACGGUCUGGUUAAUGGAGUGUUUGGUACUGUAAUUCAAAUCAAGUUUUCUGAAAAACGCAUUGCUCAUACGAUUUAUGUACACUUUGAUGACAAGAGAAUAGGUACAAAACUUAGACAUAAAUUCCCCUGUUCUGAUCCAGAACUUAAAUAUGCAACUCCAAUACAUCAAGAUGAAGACAAAUUGGCAUACACUGGAGGCAUUAGAAGACAGUUUCCAUUACGACUUGCUUGGGCAUGCACAAUUCACAAGGUGCAAGGCCUAACAUUAGACAGAGCUGUGGUAUCAUUCAAAAAAAUCUUUGCUGCUGGCCAAGCUUAUGUAGCAUUAAGUCGAGUCAAAUCAGUUGACAACCUUGUCAUACAAGAUUUCAAACCCACUGCAAUUUAUGCAAAGCCUGACAUAGAAGACAAUCUAAAAGUAAUGACUAGCUUCAUUAGCCCUUCAUUAAACCCAGUACCCAACAGCAAUCUAUCUCUCAGUCUACACAACAUCCAAGGGUUACCAAAUCAUAUAAAAGAUCUUAAAAGUAACCUUAAGAUGUUGGAUACAGACAUAAUAUGUCUAACAGAGACAUGGCUUGAAGACAAUAAACCGCUCAACUUUGUAGAAAUGCCAGGUUGGAUAUUCAAACACAAAACAAGAUCCCAAUCAUACAUUGACACAGCUAACACUUGCAGCUUGAAAAAUAGAAAUCAUGGUGGUAUUGGUGUUUUCUACAAAAAUACAAUUGCUUGUAAUAUUCUUGAUGUACAGUAUGAUGAUUUAGAAGCAAUUGUAUUUAAUGUACAACCUCAUGACUACAACGUGUUACUGUUGUACCGUCCACCAUCAUAUAACAUCUCUCAUUUUAAGAUGCGCUUGGGUACUGCUUUAAGCCUUUUCGAUACCCUUUCUGGACCAAAGAUUGUUCUGGGUGACUUCAAUGACAAUGCUCUGACUUCUAAUUCCAUACUGGAUUUCAUGGGUCAAAGAUUAUACAAUCAAAUAGUAACCACACCAACAACUGACGGUGAGACUUUAAUCGACCACAUUUACAUUAAGGACUUUGGUCCAACAACAGUCAGUGCUACAGUUAUACCGACGUACUACAGCUACCACAACAGCAUCUUCAUGACUUUCAUUUGACCAAAAAUAAUCUUAUAUUUUAGAUAUGCAGAAAGCAACCCCCCCCCCUUUUUAGAUCAUUACUAAAAAGGUAAAACGCAUAUCAUGAAGUUCUGAUACAUUCAACCUCAGACCCAUAAAACAAAAAUAUAACUGUAUUCACUUUUCUAAUAUCUUCAACAACAGUCAAUAUUUUUUGUGCUCCAAAAACCUUAUUGACCUGAAUAGAUCUGCCUACCAAUUUUAUCAUUGAUAAAAAAUGCCAACCUAUGAUAAACACACAUAAUGGAAGGAACAGAACAACAGAGAAGAAACACCAAUUCAAUUAACCAAAAAAUUGCCAUACUUGGAUACAAAAUAGGUAUAGCUGAUCAAGAAUAAGGGUCCCUUAAGACCAACUUGCACACAUUACAUAAACAAAUUACUUCAGUCACAUUUGCUUCCACAGGUUUUGAUAACUCUUGAUUUUUGUUUGCUUUAUUUUUGUAUAUUGUAUUCACAUUUAUGCUUUUUUUCUUCUUCUAAACUUCAUUUUUUUCUGCACAUUUUUGUUAAUUUUUUUACUUCAGUCUUUUUUUUUGCAACUUUUUUAAGUUUGCAAAUGUAUCGUUUUG